CUUUACACGCGUCAUUGAGAAAUUAAAGAUAGUACACCUGGGCUAUCUUUUUGGCGAGGAGUGUAUGUGUUGAGUGUUCAGAGUUUUGCUGCUAUUCAAAGCGGAAGUACUGCAAAGUAAAGGAAGAUGUGGUUUAAAUCAUAUAUGAAAUUUCAAUCAUGAGGUGUAGAUAAUACUAAAGAAGAUGAAUGUAGAAUGGAUAGCAGAGCAAAAUUAAAGAAAUUGAUUUCACCAGCAUAUAUUCAUCAAGUAAAAGAGAGAAAUUCAUAUCGCUGUUAUCUACCCUCGUGACGUUAAAGUUUUUUUUUUUUUUAUAAAGAAACUUCUCUAAAUUUAUGAAUAUCAUUCCCUUUUUAGCUAUUUACGUAUUAUCUUUUUACGUAAUGUUCGUACGUAGUAUUGAUUUUUAAAAAAAGAUCCACAUUUAUUUUAUACAGCUAAAAUAUUCUUGUUUUCCUUCAACACGAACAGUCGAAACAUUUAAAUGAUUCACUUUGUAAUUUUACAUUAUUUUUUAUUAAUUACAUAAUAAUGUAGUCAUCGUGUCAUGUUUUCGUGCAUCGGCGAUGGCAACAGAAAAGAAAUAAAUUGGAACAUGAAAUUUUACUAUGACGUUUGUUGUUCUAAUGUUUUUAACAUUAUAUAUUUAUCUAUACACGAAAAAAAUUCUUGUAAAAUAAAAAUUUUAUAGAAAGGAAGAAUGUCCGGAAUUUCGUAUCGAUCAUAUUAUAUUAUAUAAAUAGGAUCUUACGAAUGUCUUAAAUUCUAUGCAAAUUUGAUUUCGAAGUUAUUAUUUUCUAUCAGACAAUAUGCUAAUUUUAGUAGACUAUUAAGCCUACGCAAUCUACGCAGACUCCUAAGGAAGCGAUUUUAGCAGAUUAGAUAGAACACGUGAAAUGUCUACUCGUAGGUAGUAAUUUUUCUACCUCUGCAUAAUAUAGUAUGUUCAUUCACAAUUUUUACCUUCACAUUGUAUAUGAUGAAGAUCAAAUUGAAUGCUUUGUUUCAUUAGCAUAGAAAUAACAGUGUUUAUUAUAGCUAAUGAGAAAAUUGAAAAGUUCCUAUAUUUUAUAAUUUAAAUAUUCAUUAUUUAUAUUAAAUUUAGUUCUGAUCCAUUAUAAGCAUAUCUUUAAAUUUCACAUAUAAUUCCUCCUCAACCCCCCCCCCCCUAAAAAGAAAAAAGUAAACGGAGAGAAUGAAUAACAAAUAGAUAGCGGACUUUUAUGCAUCUAUGGAGAAUUCGUAGAUAGCAUAGAAUGUACAUAAUACACAGAAAUAUAUAAAAUAUUCAAUAUAACACUCGUUAUAAUAUUUAGUAGGUGAAACAAAUUUGUUCUAGCUUUUAGAUGUGUUAAUGAGAAUAUGAAUUUGCAUACGGAUUCGCUGUCUAAUAAUAAAGUAUGCGAAGCUUUACUAUCGUAAUAAAAAGUAAUAGAAUGUGGGAUAUGCAAAUCGGAAGAAUUCUGUUGCUAUAAAAGAGAAAUCGUUUGAAAGGUACAGAAUAAGGAUCCGAGAAUUCUCACGACACGACGCGACGGCCGGCAUAGCUCGAGGAGUAGUAUCAUUUUGCUCGAUUGUACUUGAACGAUGCUUGUACUUAACAAUGAUCUCCAAAGAGAGAUUAAUUAAUUAUGAUUCCUUGGCGGCAGUGGUGCUCGAGUGAAAGAGGCAAGGGUUCAGAGAGCGGAAUACGAAACAGCUGAAAAAAGGCAGCGGCGGAGGAAGCGAGAGAGUUAAGUGAAAGAAGUGGCAGAUAAGGAGACCUCGUGUAUUCCUCGUGUAAAAGGGGAGUAAUACGUCGACCAAGUUGGUCAGUCGACGAAUGUUCGUUGUGCCAGCCAGACUACAAGACUCAACAAGUGUUCUUGUCUCGAAGAACUGCCGGAAAAUUGCAGUAAAUUAUAAUUGUACAAGGUUGUUUUUAUGGACAAAGUGUGCCUUAGAAUUUCAUAAAAUAGUAUCGAUACUAUAUAUGACAAAUAGUUUCCCUUUUUGUUAAUUCUAAACGACAGUUCUUUUUACUUUUUGUGAACAAUUGACGAAGAUGAUAUAAAUAGUCGAGUUACGAUUGGUCGAGCAAAUGAAGGUUAUAGAAUUAGGAUAACGCGUUAUCGCGUACAUUGAAGCUGUUUUGGUAGUGAAUGAUGGAAUAGUGAAAUAGUGUGUUACUGAACAACAGGCAUUUGAACUGAAUGCGACCCUUUGUAAAGCGUUAUCGAUAGUGAUUUGAUAUAAAAAGGGAAGGAAGGAAUGAGUAAUUCAAACUACAUAGAUGGCUGAAAAUAUUCUAAAAUAGCUAUCUUUGAGCGAUUAUCUUUUCAAUCACGAUUGGAUUUGCUUAAUCAAGCUAGAAUCGUGAAAGCGAUGUUGUUGUUGAAGGAAGGAAUCGGCAAGUCGCUAUUACGAUAUUAAUUCAUUUAAAAAUACUUAAUUCUGAAUUUGUAAGACUAUCAGGACAAAUUGAAAAUUAAGAACGAUCCAAGAUUUUCAAUACGUUCACCGACUGCUUUUCGAGAUUACGAAAGCGUUUCUCAAGACCAAGAAGAAAGUGAUUAUCAACGAAUACGAACGUAUCGUAUCAGAGGAAACGCGUCGACAGUAUUUCCGAGAAAGCGGCGAAAAUCAAUUAUUUUCAAUAAGACAAGGUCGAAGUUCAUCGGACUCUGAUAGUUCGGAGUAGAAGGCGGCUGUCGCAACAACUUGAAAUCCCGCCUGAGAGACGAAAGGGCUAUAAGAGGAAAUUCUUUCCUCGAGGUCAACGUCUAAAGGAUUCUCUCGUCCCGUUUUUUUGACGUCGCCACAGAGAUGGCAAGAAAAUCGACGAACGAUACGAAUAGAACGAGUUAACGAAGCUGCUAACUAACGAGCAAAAAGAAGACGAAACGCGUAGAGAGAAUCAUAUUUGAAUGGUUUGCCUCGGAUAAGGAACCCUCGUGCGUUUUAUCGUUCCAGACACUGUCGAGGGUCGUCGGAGCAACGACUGUAUCGUCGAAUGCAUAUGCAAAUCGAGAGUGGCACUUGUGUGUCGUUCGAAUAAUAAGAGAUGUUGUGGCUAAUCGGAUCGUUGGAUUUUCAGAUUUCGUUUUCCGUUUCCGAAUUGCUGGAUAAAGGAAUCUUGUUCGUGGAAACGUAACGCUAAGGAGGUACUUUUUAUGGAGUCAAUGGAAACCAUUGGAAAAUUCUUGACUGGUAAAUAUUUGUUUUACAUAUUUUUAUGCAGCGAUGCUGAAAAUAUUGAGUACCACGUAAAUGGAAUCUCGUAAAAAAAUUUCGAAGUAUAUAAUUGGAUUAUGAAUUUUAAAGAGAAGAGAAUCGGGACCUUGUGAUUUUACGUGAAGAUACGAUGACUAAUAUUGAUACCGACACCGUGUUCAUUCCGUCUUGCAUUUUACUUAUCGAAAACAUGUCACAACGAAGGAGCAUAUGAACACGAUACAAAAUGGACGAUUCUCUAACAAACGGCACAAUUUUCGAUUUCGUAUCCGGAGAUGAGAGCCUCAAGCAUUUUCCACGAUCAGUUACUAUCGCAGCUGCGAUUUGUGCGAUAAUUUUUAGCAUCGUCGGAGUUGCGGGUAAUUUGGUAACGGUGAUAGCACUGUUAAAAUAUACAAGACUGAGACGGCAUGCCACGACCGCAUUCGUGAUAAGUCUUAGUAUUUCAGACUUGAUUUUCUCUGCCGUAAAUUUACCAUUAACUGCGAGCAGAUAUUUAAACGAGGCGUGGGUACUGGGUGAAACCCUAUGCAAAAUAUUUCCGCUCUUCUUUUAUGGGAAUGUAGCAGUGUCUCUGCUCAGUAUGGUGGCGAUUACGAUCAAUCGGUAUAUACUAAUCUCGAGAUCAGAGAUAUACGCUCAAUUAUACACUACGCAACGGAUCAUUCUAAUGCUGAUCGCCAUUUGGACGCUGAGUUUCUCCCUACUUUUGCCGCCAUUACUCGGUUUUUGGGGGACACUCGGCUUAGAACCAUCUACAUUUUCCUGUACGAUUCUAAAGAAGAAUGGUGCGAGUCCAAAGAAAUUCUUGUUCGUUCUAGGAUUUGUCGUGCCUUGCGUGGUAAUAAGCGUAUCUUAUCUUUGCAUUUAUUGGCGUGUAAGAAAGAGCAGAAAGAAUCUUGAGGCUCAUACUGGAGUCUCCAGGAGGAAAACUGGAGGAUUUCAACGAAGAGAGGAUUCCAGAGUGACCAGAUUGAUGUUGACCAUAUUUUUGUGUUUCCUUUUGUGUUUCAUGCCAUUGAUGCUGGUCAAUGUGAUCGAUGACAAAAUAAAAGUCCCGGUUUUUCAUGUGAUAGGUUCUGUACUUGCGUGGGCCUCCUCUGUAAUUAAUCCUUUCAUCUAUGCUGGCACUAACAAGCUGUACAGAGAGGCCUAUAAGCAAGUUUUGUGUCCAGUUUCUAGCAAACUACCGACCACUGGACCGAAACCGACGCAUUCGCAUUCGAGUAAAGUAUCGUCACCUCAAGCCACUUAAAAUUCAAUAACUUUAUAUUCCAAUCGACGGUUUAUUGUUGUUUGAAAGACUUUUUUUUAUCUACUUGGGUAUUAACCCUUUGAGUGCUGAAUACUCGCGGCCUAUGUCGUCCGUACGGACGGCGCGCGUCCAGCGCUGACGAUCGCUGUGGACGGAAUA